UACCAAGAAGCAGGUGGGAUACUUCAAAAAGGGCAACGGAUUCGUAAUGAUCACAUUGGCACAGUAUGCAGAUAUUCUGCUACACGCCAUCAAUGUGAAGGAAGGCGAAAUAUUGAAGGACUUAUUCGCAUUGGAAUUCUUUCAAGAUGGCAACAGACAAAACACAGACGGAAAAGCAAACGUUACCGAAGAAGCACUAAAAUCUGUGCCUGACGUUCGAGCACAAAGGUUACAAAGCGAUCUCCUGAAAUGUGAUGGCUUUCUAGGACCUCCUUGGCUGGAAAUUGCUACAAACCACUUCAUCGUAGCAACAAGGUUAUCCUUCUUGAGAACGUUUAGCGAUGUUAAUUGCGUUUCCGCCUUAUCUCCUCACAAAAUGGUGGAUCGAUUAGGAUGUACCGUUCAACAACUGAUAAAGGAAACAUGGACAGCAAUGAAUACGCUAAUUAUUGCUUUCCUACGGCUUUACUCUUCCUUACAGCAGGGAAGAUGGUGUUCGCCGACAUUGGUGAUGGUACUAUCGAAUUACCGACGAUUGUCUGUUUUGGCGGAUGAAAUAGAACAGAAAGCUUCUACCAUAUCGACCGGAAAAAGUGGAAAGCAAACUCAAACUCAUCUGGAAGAAUGCGCUAGACAGUUGAACAAAGCAUUCAGUGCUUGCAUUAGCGAUCGAUCUUCCGAAGAAGCUUUCAGCCGGAAAUGGGCAACAUACGAAAUCGUAGGACUGGUGUUUAGAGGCUACUUCAAAUUACGCUCUCUGGGCUUGUGCAGGAAUAUCUUGAGAGCGAUUGGUGCUGCUGAUCUACCUGAUUUUGAACGAUUCCCGAGAGCACAAAGAGUGACUUUCAAAUAUUACGUUGGUGUUUUGGCAUUUCUCAACGAAGAUUAUUCCAAAGCUGAAGUGGAUCUAGAUUAUGCCUUCAAACAAUGUCACAAGGAUGCACACCAUAAUCAAGAAAUGAUUCUGCGCUACCUUGUACCUUGUCGUCUUUUACGUGGCAUCGUCUCGAAUGAUUCGUUUCUCAGCACAUUCCCAAAACUUUCCACACUUUAUGGCGGAUUCAUCAAAGCUAUCAAAACUGGUGAUGUUCGUUCAUAUGAUACAAUUUUGGAGACACCUGUAAUGGAACGAGGUCUUGUGCAAAUUGGGACUUAUUUAGCCAUCGAAAGAGCCAGGGAAAUUUGUUUGAGAGGCUUGCUCAAACGUGUCUAUCUAAGUAAAGAUUGCAAUUCACGCAUUCCACUUAUGGACUUUCAUCAUGCUUUACGAUUCGUGGGUGUAGAAUUGGAAUUGUUGGAAACAGAAUGGUUGGUCGCAUCUCAAAUCGCAAAAGGGUACCUACGCGGAUACAUAUCCCAUUCACACAUGACCGCCGUCUUAUCCUCUCAAAAUCCCUUCCCGAAGCUCAAUACAAUAACAACUGUAACAUUAUCUUAAUGCUUUCAUCAAUGUGUACUAUGAAUAUUUAACAAAUUUCAAGCAGAAAAAGAAGGUAAUAAAUACAUAAAUUGUGGAUUGA